AUGUUACUACUUCAGCAAUCAUAUGAUUUCCCCCAGCUGAAAGGAAUUGUGACAAGGUUAUUCAGCCAGCAGGGAUAUUUCCUGCAGAUGCACCCAGAUGGUACCAUUGAUGGAACCAAGGACGAAAACAGUGACUACACUCUUUUCAAUCUAAUUCCUGUGGGCCUGCGUGUGGUGGCCAUCCAAGGGGUGAAAGCCAGCCUCUAUGUGGCCAUGAAUGGUGAAGGCUAUCUCUACAGUUCAGAUGUUUUCACUCCAGAGUGCAAAUUUAAGGAGUCUGUGUUUGAAAACUACUAUGUAAUCUAUUCUUCCACACUGUACCGCCAGCAAGAAUCAGGCCGAGCAUGGUUUCUAGGACUCAAUAAAGAAGGUCAAAUUAUGAAGGGGAACAGAGUGAAGAAAACCAAGCCCUCAUCACAUUUUGUACCAAAACCUAUUGAAGUGUGUAUGUACAGAGAACCAUCACUACAUGAAAUUGGAGAAAAACAAGGGCGUUCGAGGAAAAGUUCUGGAACACCAACCAUGAAUGGAGGAAAAGUCGUGAAUCAAGAUUCAACAUAGCUGAGAACUCUUCCCUUCUUCCCUCUGUCAUCCCUUCCCUUUCUCUUCCCUCCCCUUUACCCAUUUCCUUCCAGUAAAUCUACCCGAGGAGAGAAAAUAAAAUGGCAACGCAGGACCUAGUUGCUAAGAUUCUGCUCUCAAAAUCUUCCUUUGUGUAGGACAAGAAAAUUGAACCAAAGCUUGCCUGUUGCAAUGUGGUAGAAAAUUCACAUGCACAAAGAUUAGCACACCUAAAAGCAAAGGAAACAAUAAAUGAGGACUCCACAAACAUUAAAUUAAACUAUGUUGUUAUUAAUAGAGGGCUAAUUGUCAUGAAUUUGUUAGUAAAGCUGAAAUAAAGUUACUGCCUUGAAGGAAAGGGCUUUGGAAAAUUGAACUCACAAAUUGAUGUUGUAUCCUAAAUAGCUUAAACUCUGGGUAAUGUGACAUGUGGUUUUGUUUGAUUUUGUAUUUUCUUUGGGCAUCUGAAAUUGAUACAUAAUUGUAUCCAAUUUGCGGGAUUUUUUUUUUUUUUUACCAUGAAAUGAACAUGUAUAAAUUGUAGACUCUUCUAAUGCCUAUAAAGUAUAUGUCCAGGAAUCAUUUAACAUCAAGAAAAGUUUAAAAAUUAUUUCUGAAACUGUUACUUAAGAUUAUUUUGUGCAGAAGGAAAGUUUUGGAAUUCACGGAUUUAAUUCCUUCAUAAAAAGUUUCAAAUUCUCCUAUGAGAAUAUCAUAGUUUUAUCAAAGGUAUUAUUCCAGAAUUUCUUUUUUUUUUGUCAUUUAGAAAAAGAAAUAUUAUUCUAAUGCUGAAGUGAUCUUUGGGAAUUCUUUGUCAUUGUCAUAUCCAGGCAGUGAGAUAUAAGUUACUUGGUCUUACCGUUUGAACUGAUUUUUUGCUUUGUGGACACCUUUGAGAGUAUAGGUGCCUUCCCCCCCCCCCAAGUGCUGUACGAUAUCUUGCAACAGGUAAGAAGGAAGAGAGGUUUUACAUAAGGAAAUAAGUCCUAGGAAAUUGGUAAUAACAAAUUGUAUUUGCCUUUGUACCUUACCAGAGUUUUAUGUAUAUAAUGUUUUUUCCAAUCUGCCAAGAAAUUGGGAGGCAUGGCUGUGAAAUUCCUAACUUACUAUCUUAUGAAGACUGCGGCUUGUAUGUUGCUAUAUAUCCUCAGUUAUAAGUCCAGUUGACAAUAAGUCUGCUUCCUAGAACACAGAGGGGUACUUGUAAUACAAUAAAUUUUACAGGGCAUUAAGAAACAAUAUGGAAUUAACAGCUAUGGCUCCAACAGACAGGAUUAUGUGAGUGGCUUAAAGUAGUGGGGGAAAAAAACUGUAAGAGCGGGCAAAUGCAUAGUUAGAAAUACCAAAGUAUUAGAAAAAAAGCAGGGAAGAAAUAAAUGUUAUACAAUUGCAUUGGAAUAAAUAGAUCUACUUAGUCCUACAAAUCAGGAAUGGUGUAGAGACAUCCAAAUUAAAACAAAAUAAAACAGAAUGUUAAAAAUUUAUGCAGAUUUAUGGAUAUUAUCAAUGAGAAGACGUAGCAUGUAACUUCUCCUAUAUCUCAACUCUCCAGCAUGUAUUGUUCCAAAUAUGACUCCCUAAAAUAUAUACACUUUGCAGAAGCUCUAAGCCCUCCCUCAAACCUUGCCAUUGAUUGCUGUAUUUCAAGGUCAGCAUAGUUUCCCUCACUCUACACAAUCAUUAUUCUUCAAUAGUGGUUUGUGUCCUUCACCAAGUAUCCUGUUUAUGAUAUCAGGAGGUUAGAGAAAAAUGAAAUGAAGAAUUUGCCUAAAGAGUUGGGAAGAGUCAAUGUUACGCAUCUGGGCAAAGAUUCUGAACCACGCAUUUGUGAGAGAUAUUUGUUUCAUCAAAAUAUUUGGAAAGUGGCAAAUAAAAACAUGUAGAUUUUUUUGAAAAAAGGAAUGUUGCUCUUCUAGAAAAAGAACACCCUUGUAAAAAAUUAGAAAUCUGGCUGUAUUUCUCCUUGUCACUCUUGAUUCAACUUGGUUAUAAAUAUACCUGUCACUUCCAGGACCAAACAAAUCCCAAGCACAAAGCCUUAUUUUCUUUGAAAAAAUAAAAGUUAAACUUCAAUACAAUGGGUCACAGACUCUUUUAGCAUGAAAUGACAUGAGGUUUUGUGGUAAUUACACAUGCACAUAUACUCAUCAGUAACACAAUUGAGGGUUUUAUAAGUAAUAUAGUUGAUGGAAUUCACAAUCAUCAAUUACAAUGAUGAUUUCAUUGCAAGCUAUAUAUAGGUCAAUUAACUAUAAAAACAUGACAAAACUAUUAAUUACCAACAAAAUUUCUCUCAUGAUUUUCAGUGACUGUUCUGCGUUUAUCAUUCAGAUUUACAUUUUUCUCCUUCCUGAUAGCAGUUAAGGAGAAUUCUAACCACCCAAUUUGUAUAUUGUUUUUCUUCAUAUCAUGUUAAGUAAAUGUUCACUGCAGUAAAAUGUUUUGGAAAUUAGCUUUGUCUUAUUUCCCAUUUGUUUCAGAGAAUGAAUUUUAAACCUCGUUUCUUUUACACAUAAACUUGACAAAAAUUAUAGCUUAGAGCACAGGGUGAGUAUUUGCUUAACUGCUGCUUACUUUUUAAGUACAUAAAAUCUUUAAUAGAAAAAGUCAGUAUUCACUGUCUAGGUUUUGAAAAAUAUUACCAAAUAUAAAUAUAUAGUUAUCCAAUCUCUUCCAAAAAUAUGAGCCAGUUUAAAUAUUUUGUUUUUCAGAUUUUUGCCAAGUAUAAUAAUUCUUUACUUUGGUUUUCAUUGUUCUAAUUUCUGGGUCUUCAAUUCUUCCAUCACAUAUUCUCCUUUAAAUCAAAUGAAAUGAGCUUUUUUUUUUUUUUAAUGCAUUGAGAUUUUCCAAGGAAAAAUAUGGCUUUUAGUAAAACUUUGUAAUUAACUAUAAAUUAAGUCUUGUUUAUUCUAAGAGUUCUCAUUGUAAUAAGUUUCAAAGUGAAUGAGCUUAAGAAUGACAACAAUCUCACAAAAUUUCUUUCUGGUCAGUACACCUUACUUGAUUUUUUUAAGUUAGAAGUUUGAAAUAUAGAGAAAAAUGAUGUAGAAUUUACAUUUGCCAAUUCAGAAAAUUUUGUUCUUCAAAAAAACCCCCCAAAACAAAAAAAAAAAAAACAGGAGGGCAGCAAACCAUCCUGUUCUUGAUAAUCAUGGGUUUUGGCUUUGAAUUUUUACAUAUGAAAUUCAUAGUACAUUUUUAGCCAUUAUGGGUUGGCAUAAUAAAGAGACACCUGUGUCAUGUAAUGUGAUGUUUUAUGAGCCUCAUUUUAAUUCAGAAAGCUUAUUUGAAAGAAUUCUUCUGUUUAAGAAAAUAGCAACACCAUAGAUAGGUAUUAUAUCGAGAUAUGUGGAUUCUGUGGUGCGCCAGUAAUGAGUGAUGGAAGUGUUAAGACAACUAAAGAAUGAAGAAAGACUUAAUUUUUAUAUAUUGAAAAAGCUGAAAGUUCUAAUUUGAGACCACUGAUUUCUUGGUGAAGAAGCAUGACUACAUCAACCACUUAAAAGAAAAAAUUAAACAUAGACCCAGAAAUAGCUACUAUUUCACCUUCGUGACUUAGUUUACAAGACCUUGCUCUUGAGAAGGUUUUCCAUGAUGUUGCUUAAUUUCAUCUGCACAGGGUGAGACACAAUCAAGCAUAACAAUUUCCUGCUCAUUUUAAUAUCAUGAAAGGCUGAGGUUAUUUCUCUGUCAUAAAAUUGUAAAUAACAUUUUUUAAGUCAGAAUUACAUUUAAAAGUGGAUUGUUCUAUGAAUAUAUAUGUGUAUAUAUACAUAUGCUUCUGAAAUAAGGAUAUAUUAUAUAGAGUUUUUAUUUAAUUUGUGGUCUUUAGUCAUAGGUAAGCAAAAAUAAAGAGCUUUGAAUGCAAAUCUUUAUAUAUAAAUGUAUAUUUCUAAUGAUGGUACCAAUUGCCACUUUAUAAUAAAAAGAAGAAACAACUGGGAAAAAUAAUCAAAGCACAUUCUCCCUCAGAACUUCGAUGAUUUUUAAUUCCCUGUUGGAUGCACAGGAAAUUAUUUUUUAUUUCUAAAACGUUAUUUUAAAAAUCUAUACUUGCCAACACAGAUGUCAUGAUAAGUCAUAUCAGAUUGGGAAUGUAUGGUUGAGGGAUAGGAAAAGGAUGCCAUAUGCUCACCUUUAUUUUUCAGGAUUUUUCAUGGAUCCCAAAUUAAAAAUUCAAUAUUUAAAUCUAAAUUAACUGAAAAUUACUAAUGUUCAGUGAUGAUAUAUUGAGCUUUAGUAGCAAGCAGAAGCAAAAAUAUCUAACAUUAUGACAAUAGCACUAAGAUAAUGUAAUAAAAAUUGCAUCACUAAAUAUUUAAUUCAUUGGAAAAAUGAGCUGAUGUUUGUCUUUGCUCCAACUCAAUUUAAAGACAGCAACAUUCAUUUUACUCAAAGUUGUUCAAAAAGUCCAAAAUAUACUCCCAUGAAUAGAACUGGUGUUAGCUCCAUUACAAGGUUCAAUGUUACAAUUUUAAAAAGUAUUGACACCGAAAUGUUUAAUAAGCAUAUUGUAUGAGAAAUUAAAUAAAUCAAUGUUUCAUUUUUGCAUUAAAGCACAGAUUAUCCAAAUCAUUGUUUUUUGAGAUCAGAUUUGUAAAAUGUUUAUACAUCAUAACCUUCCUGAAGUAAAAAAGCCAUUAUAAUCUUGAGAUGCUCAUGCAUGUAGACAAAAUACUGGCACUUUUAAAAAAAAUUAAACUUCUUUGAGAAGUCUA